GCUUAAUACACAAUUGACUUUCUCUCUUUCUCUCAUUUCUCUUUUUCUUUUUUUUUCAAAAAGCCGGUGUUCCUGCCGGAAAAUCAACUAAAUUUACAAUGGACGUUCGCCGGCGACCUGUUAAUCCUUUAUGCACAUCAAAAGAUGCUUCCGCCGGCGAACCUCUGAAACAACAACAAGUUUCUUCUCCUAAAGCAUCUGAUGCGCUUCCACUCCCAUUGUACCUAACCAAUGGGUUGUUUUUCACCAUGUUUUUCUCUGUUAUGUAUUUUCUUCUCGUAAGGUGGCGUGAGAAGAUCCGUAAUUCUAUUCCUCUUCACGUGGUUACCCUUUCUGAAUUGUUAGCUAUGGUGUCAUUGAUUGCUUCCGUUAUAUAUCUAUUGGGUUUCUUUGGGAUUGGGUUUGUUCAGUCGUUUGUGUCCAGGUCGAAUAGUGAUUCAUGGGAUAUUGAGGAUGAGAAUGCUGAGCAGCUAAUUAUUGAGGAAGAUAGCCGCCGGGGACCAUGUGCUGCUGCAACUACUCUUGGCUGCGUUGUGCCUCCACCACCUGUUCGAAAAAUUGCCCCAAUGGUUCCACAGCAACCUGCCAAGGCAGCUUUGUCCCAAACGGAGAAGCCUGCGCCAAUAAUUAUGCCAGCAUUAUCGGAAGAUGACGAGGAGAUAAUACAAUCUGUUGUUCAGGGUAAAACACCAUCAUAUUCGUUGGAAUCAAAGCUUGGUGAUUGUAUGAGAGCUGCUUCGAUUCGAAAAGAGGCGUUACAGAGGAUCACAGGGAAGUCAUUGGAAGGGCUCCCAUUGGAAGGAUUUGACUAUGAGUCUAUUCUUGGACAGUGCUGUGAGAUGCCUGUAGGAUAUGUGCAAAUACCGGUUGGUAUUGCAGGGCCUUUGUUGCUUGAUGGGAGAGAGUACUCAGUACCAAUGGCAACUACAGAAGGAUGUUUAGUUGCUAGCACCAACAGGGGUUGCAAGGCUAUCUUUGUCUCUGGUGGCGCCAACAGCAUUUUGCUCAGAGAUGGGAUGACAAGAGCUCCGGUUGUCCGGUUCACCACCGCCAAAAGAGCCGCUGAGUUGAAAUUCUUUGUUGAGGAUCCCGCUAACUUUGAGAUUCUUUCUCUUAUGUUCAACAAAUCAAGCAGAUUUGCUCGAUUACAGGGCAUUCAAUGUGCUAUAGCUGGUAAAAAUCUGUAUAUGAGAUUUAGUUGUAGCACUGGUGAUGCAAUGGGAAUGAACAUGGUAUCCAAAGGUGUCCAGAACGUUCUGGAUUACCUUCAGAGUGAAUAUCCAGACAUGGACGUCAUUGGCAUAUCUGGGAACUUUUGUUCGGAUAAGAAGCCAGCAGCAGUUAACUGGAUUGAAGGUAGAGGAAAAUCAGUAGUUUGCGAGGCAAUAAUCAAGGAGGAUGUAGUAAAGAAAGUGUUGAAAACUGAGGUUGCUGCUCUUGUGGAGCUGAACAUGCUUAAAAACCUUACUGGGUCAGCCAUGGCUGGUGCCCUCGGUGGCUUCAAUGCUCAUGCCAGCAACAUCGUCUCUGCUGUAUAUUUGGCCACUGGCCAAGACCCUGCUCAAAAUGUUGAGAGCUCUCACUGCAUUACUAUGAUGGAGGCUGUAAAUGAUGGCAAAGACCUCCAUAUUUCAGUAACUAUGCCUUCUAUUGAGGUUGGUACAGUUGGUGGUGGAACUCAACUUGCAUCACAGUCAGCUUGCUUGAACUUACUAGGAGUUAAAGGUGCAAAUAGAGAUGCACCAGGUUCAAAUGCAAGACUCUUGGCCACAAUAGUAGCUGGUUCUGUUCUAGCUGGUGAGCUAUCUCUCAUGUCAGCUAUCUCUGCUGGCCAACUAGUUAAAAGUCACAUGAAAUAUAAUAGAUCUAUCAAAGAUAUUUCCCAAGUAAUCAAUUCCUCUUAGUCACUCUGAGGAUUAAUUAGCCCCCCCUACUACUAUUUCUAUAUUCCAAUAAAAAGAAAGAAUAGGAAUAAAAUUUUCUGAAUUAGGGAGAUCUAGCUGCAGAAGAAGAAGUACUUUGAACCAAAAUUAUAAUAUAAAGUAAUAAAUUAAAGAUCUUCUUUGUUCAUCAAUUAAUAAUGUGGGGAAUAUUCAAGAACAAGUUGGAAUGUGUUGUAUGUAUUUUUUCUAUGGAGCCAUGUGAGGGUGUAGGGUCUCUUUGUUUCUGCAAAUAUUAUAUUUAGUGAACAUCUCUGAUGAUGUUAGGUGGAAAAGUUACCAGUGUCCAGUGGGGGUUAAACUUGUAAUUUACUCUCUUCUCAGCACUUGCCAACGAAGAUGACCCAUCUUUUCUCUUGUAUUGUUUGUAAUUUAGGGAGUGUAAUGCCAUUUUAAUAUUUACUCUGCUUUUGUAUAUGAUUCUCUUUUUUUAUUUCAAUCAUUUUUGUUUGUUUA